AUUCUCUAUGUCUCCAUGUAAUUUCGAAACCUGAAGACUGGACAAUAUAUUUCUGUGCAAACAAGAAAACACAUUAUACUUGUCAUCCCGGUACAGAGGAGUAGGAAAAUAUGAGCAAAAAUAAGAGGAAAGUUGAUGAGUAAACUGGUGGUGUGAUGUGGAGACCUGACUGUUGCCUCCAGCUGUCUCAUUUCCACCAUUACUGUACUGUACUUCUACUAGUUCACUGUCCACUGGGAUCUGUCUUCGAUGGCGAUGAAGAUGAGGUGGCCUCGUCUGCCAGACCCAACCAAGAUAGUGUUGGUACUGAUGUGGAUUAUUCUCCUGAACAGUUACAUUGUUCAAAAGUCACCUGCCUCACCACCUGAAGUGCCACUUGCAACACUGCAGUACCACCAGGUUCCCCUCGAGUCCUCCUCUUCAGACUUACAAGACAAUUACAAGUCCAUUAUCGUUACCAGAAACAAAACUUGGGAUAAACUGCAACAUGCAAUGGAGAAAUCUCCUAUACAAUUUACAUCAUCACCAGCCAAUAUCAGUGCUCUACAAGGCCAACAGUGGGAGCGCACUUCCCAAAAUACAAAGACUGGUUAUCUGGAAAGUAUGCCUGGGGAGCCUUUUAAUAAAACUGCAGACAGAGAGCUGAGAGAAACCUUAGAGCAACUGCUGGAUAUCUUAUCUACACCAACCUACCACUGUAAGAAACUUUUAAGAAUGGGAGGAUUUUCCUGUAACCAUACACCAGAUGGAGAAAAACGUGUGUGUCAUGAUCCUAAACUAUACCCACCUGGUGCAUACUGCCUGGUGUAUUCAGUGGGUGUGGGUCAUGACCUCACCUUCGACAUAGCCAUGGGAAAUUUCGGCUGUGAAGUAUUUGCUUUUGACAGUGAUGUUUACCAUAGAAACUACCCAACCUUCAUCAGUGACAGCCUGACAUUCUACAAGGUGAGGGUUGGAACAUACUUCUUGAGGGAGAUUCAAGUUCGAACAUAUGAUAAAGAGCUUGGGCCCUUCAUGGUGGAGUACUGGCCCCUUCCUAACAUAAUGGAUAAGCUGGGCCAUGUUAACCACCUGCUUCACUAUCUCAAGAUAGAUAUUGAGGGUAGUGAAUGGGCAGUGCUGGAGGAAACUGUGUUUAAGACCAACAUCCUUGAGGGGACACAACAACUGGCCCUUGAGGUACACCUGGAAGAUUUCCUUCAGGGAGGUGGGUCCCUCAGUACCCAGGCCUUGCUGAACAGUGUUAACAAAUACCUCAGAAUGGUGCGUGGUCUUCAGGAUCGUGGGUUCCACCUGGCCCACUGGGAACCAAAUUACAGAGGACCAGUACUAACCACUCUUGCUGGCCUGACUUUCCAUGUGUACUCUGAAACACUGUGGGUAAACCCAAGCUACCAGCCACGUUUGAAUUACGCCCCAAAACAUACACCGCCUGAGAAACUGUAAGGAAACUCCCCUAAAUAUUUGAGUCCAUGAUUAUUGUUCCUUAAACCCUUUAAUGAUAGAGGGCAGCAAGUUGGACAACAUUGUGGUGCACCAGUUAGCAAUUUCACUGUACAUGACUUUGCCUUUGCUGAUGAUGCAUGAUUUUCUAUGCAUACAGGGAUUAGUAUGAGCUUGAGAUCCUGAAGGUUAUUGUUAGAGUGAGAUAAGAUUACGGGAAGCAUAUUGUAUAGCUACACUUUCUAUAAUGGUGUGACCAGUGUUAUUGUUAAACCACAAAAUACAUUGAAGACUUUUAAUGUUUGGUCUUAAAGAACCAGACAUAUGUGCAGAGGUACAUAGCUAAAUUUUAUGAACUUUACCACACAAGUAAAAACUACUGAAAUUGUGAUCAGCUGAAUUGAAAUGUUUCUAGAUGUUAGAGUUCAAUGCUAGUGCUGUAAUACAAAAUGUGUUUAUAAACAAUAUUCUAUAGUAGCUACUGUACUGGGGAUCAUUAAUUUACAAAGGAAGAGGAUUUACAGUUUUAAAGAUCUACUAUAAAGUGUCAAUGAUCUGCAAUAUAAUGAAGCAAGAGUUCCUUUGUUAAAGUGCCAGCCAUAGUGUAUAUCAUGGCUCUAAUGGCUGGUGUCCACGGUAAUUUAGGCAUACUGUAAUGUACUAUAGUUUUAGGGCAUUUAUGAUAAAGACAUAAUAAAAAAUGAAGUUCAGUAUCUUGUACAACUUUGCUCUACUAUUUACAACUCAUAAUCAAAAACUCUUGUCCUCAAUGCACCUAUUAUAAUAAUUACCUGUCAUAUGAGCACAAGACUAACAGUUAUUAAUUUCUCACCCAUGAUUCUGGUGACAGCAUCAUGAGCAAAGGAUUAUCUGGUUCAGUUCUAGGUACCACAGCAGCUGUCACAAAAGUUCACCAAAAGCAAACUGAAACAAAGAUUUCUCCAUCUGUUAUAUUAUGUAACAAUCACAAAAGUACAUCAGAUUAAAUACUCCAAAACUU